AUGCCACAUUUAACGUCAAACCCAGAGGAUAAGUCUAGGUUCUUGUGCAUUUAUCCAUCUUACGUCAACAGUAAAAAGAUAUUAGCAGAAGACAGGUUAAUCCUUGUAGAGAAGGCUGUGGAGAAUCCGUCAUGUUCAGAGAUUGGAGAUGUCCUCACAGCUCCUAGACUCAAUGUUCUCGUGGAGUGCUCUUACUCUAAUAACAAGAUAUACUUGAGAGAGUGGAACAGAGAUGUUCAGUUUAGUGGAAGAGUUGGAGUGCAACUAAAACUCCAAGAUGGAAGUUUGUGUCAAGAGAAAUUUUCAUCUGGUAGCAUGCACACCAAAGCAUUUACGCCAGCCGGCAUGUGUUUUUAAUUGUUUCCGAUGGAAGCGCGACACUUUUCAAAAAAGCCAGCAGCUGGCAGGUUUUGUGCGACGCCAAGUGCAGAGAGUUGAAAAAUAUUCAACUUUGUGUGAAAAGCUCAGCUUAUCAAUGUCACUCUCACUCGGCCGUCCAAUCACAGUGGAGGAUGGGCAGGACAAAUAUCACAACAACCAACCGGUGCAUCGUUCAACGACUGAUAAACGAAGCAGAAGUAUCAUUACAAUCAAAGGGCUCAGCUUAGUUGAAAAAGCUGGCAAGCGCCUUAGCAUUUAGCCUAGCCCCAUUCAUUCCUUAGGAUCCAAACAGGGAUGAAUUUAGAAGCCACCAAACACUUCCAUGUUUUCCCUAUUUAACGACUGUUACAUGAGUAGGUACACAAGUGUUGGCAUGUAUGUAUGGCAGUAUGGUGGCACAAAAUAAAACGGCGAUUUUGUAAGCGGA